AUGUUCUUCUUCCUGUCGUUAGCAUCGUGCAACAAUAUUAUUGUAAUAGAUGCUGGUAGUACAGGAUCUGGACUUUAUAUUUAUUCAUAUGAAAACUCAGAUGAUCUUAAUUCUUUCACAGCAUUUCGUGAUUCGCAAGGGCAACAAGCUUACUUUCGUUCGAAUAUUCCUUUCCAUACCUCUAUUAAUGAUACACAAAAAUUAGAUCAAGUUUUCACUGAACUAAUCGUCAACGGGUCAAAUAUUUUUCUAUCACCAGUCAAUAGAACUUUAACACCCAUUUUUAUACUUUUAACAGGUGCAGUCCGAAUCCUUCCGAAAACAGAGCAAGAGACAAUUCGCACUGUUUUAUAUAAAUAUCUAAAAUCACAUUUUGAUUAUGAGAUUAAAUAUAGUUAUGUUCGGGUAGUCAGUGGCGAUGAAGAAGGCUUAUUUGCUUGGAUAUCCACUAAUUUUAUUUGUGGCUUUCUAAAAUCUGGAAAUACAAUUGCCGUUGCAGAAAUGAGCGGUACUUUUCUUCAAUUUGCUGUAGAAGCUCCAAAAGAUUAUCCAUCCGGUUUGAAAAAGUGUUUAUAUCGAAUUAACGAUGGAAACCACACUUACAAAGUUUUUUUCCAUUCAUGGAAUGCAUUCGGUGAUAAAAGUGUUACUGAUUACGUUGAUCAAUACAUUUAUAAUACAACGGGAAAAACGGUUUCUCCCUGUUAUUUCAAUGAAAGUGUUCAAGAAAUCGUUCUAAAGGAUGGACCACAUAACUUUACAGGCCAAACUAACUUUGAUAAAUGCCAAGAACUGAUUGCAAUGGUUUAUUCCAAGCUACAAUCAAAUCUUUGCGGUAAAAUUCCAGCAUUUUUCAUGGAUGGUGACGAAUGCAUCCCAUAUCCAGGUGAUGUAGAAAAAAUACAUACUUAUGGAGUGUUUUUCUAUUCAUUAGAUUUUUUGAAUUAUUCAUCUUACGCGGAUUUCCAAAACUACAUCGACACCAUAUACAAACUAGGAAACCUGACAUACCCAGAAGCUCAAAAUUUGAAUGUCUCCUAUAAAUACACAAAAAGAUGUCUUAUGCAAGCCCACAUGGUCAUAAGCUUCCUUAUAAGAGGUCUGAAUGGAGAUUUUCACAGAAUGUAUAGAUACAGACGUGAUGAACUCGCAAGUUUAUCUUUGGAUUGGACAUUUGGAGCUGCUAUCUACAUGUUUUUGUCUGUUUUGAUGUUUGGAUCUCCAUGGUAG